AUGGUGGAUGAGAUCUCGAAGCUUCGAUUGAUUCUCUCCGAUUUAGAUGCAUGCGAGAGUUUGGCGGUCGUGGUUAAGAGAGGAUGGAGUGGAAGAGCUCCGGUGUGGCUCGAUGAAUCGGUGGGUGGUUCUCCGAUGAUGGAAACUCCCCGAGAACCUCAUUUCUUCAAGCCUCUUCUUCCUGGUUUUCAAAGUAGCGUCGCAAUACCACUUGACUUCUACUCAAAACACAUACAAGGGGCUGAGAUCAAUAAACCAUGGAAGCUAAGAUCGGACGCUUCGGAUCAAAUUUGGGAGGUGAUCCGAGAAGGCAGGACACUCACCAAAGGUUGGAAAGAGUUCACCGAAGCACAUGAUCUUCGAAUCGGUGACAUUGUCAUCUUCAAACACGAAGGAGACAUGGUCUUUCAUGUGACUCCUUUUGGUCCUAGCUGUUGUGAGAUUCUGUGGUCCGACGCGGAUGAUGCUCCUACUUUCUCAUACGACUACUGCUUCUUGGCUGAGGUUACUCCUACAAAUCAAAAGGACGACAAAAUGUUUCUUCCUGUGGAAGCUAUGAGGUGUGGUGCUUUGAACCAACAAUGCAAAGAGGUCAAACUUGUCAACAAGGAGGGAAAGUCAUGGACUGCGCGCUUCGGAUUUAGCGAAUCAGACGGCGCAUAUUACAUCAGCAGAGGGUGGAGAAAGUUCUGUCGUGAUAACAGAUGCACCAACGGAGAUUUGUUUGUGUUCAACGUGGUUGGAGACGGGACGACAACUCCAUUACUGUGUGUAUGUCCGGAAAGGAAGGAGUGUACUGAACUACUGAUCAAGCACUUCAGCAGAAUCGAUGGUAGCAUUGCUUCUACCUCACGAAAUUAGAUGGCUCUUUUGCGGUCUUUCCUCUCUAUCAUCUUAACUUGUUUCUUUUUGUUUCAUUAGCAACUUAUCAACUUAUGUAUUUCGGUUUGUAAAACUUGAAUGGUUUUUCUAUGUGAACUUUUAUCCUAAGUUAAACAUUCUCGAACUUAA